AUGGCAAUCCAAAUCCCAUUUGCCCUCCUCACCCUUUCAACCAUCUUUCUCCUCCUUCCACCAUACACCACCGCCGACUACGUUCUCUACAAUGGCGAAGUGCUCAUGGCGGGCCAAAACCUAACAAACGGGUACUACCGCUUAACCAUGCAACCCAACUGUGAUCUAGUCCUCUACGAUAACUACGACACUCCGAUUUGGCAGACCAACACAGCUGGCGGUGGACAGAACUGCUAUGUCACCCUAAAGCCAAAUGGAGAAAUGGUCGUUCGACGAGAUGUCCACUACACUCUAUGGUCAAGUGCGAGCAAAUCCAAGAAAGGGAAAUAUGCCCUCGUGCUCAAUAGCAACGGCAGGCUCGGCAUCUACGGUCAGAGGCGGUGGAGCAGUAAUAACCAGAAGGACGCGAAGGUACUAAGCAGGUCCGAAGUAAAAACAGAGUAUGUAUUGUUCUCUGGACAGAGGCUCAGUCCUCCGAGGAAGCUGAAAUACAGAAACUACUCCCUGGGGUUCUCUAAGUGUAAUCUGGUCAUCAGAGAUGAACGGUCGGAGAAGGCUCUGUGGCAGACGAAUACAGACGGUAAUGAUUGCUAUCUUCAGCUGGAAAACGACGGGGAACUCUCGGUUAAGCGAUCCGGUGAACGUGUUUGGAGCAGCAACAAGAGGGGUGAGAGCGGUGAGUACAUUGCGGUCCUUCGUUUCGACGGGAGGCUUCAUGUCUACGGGCCGCAGGUUUGGUCUAAUGAAAGUCGCGAGGACUCAGAGCUCCUCACUGCUUCUCCGGUUGUUGGUGUGGAUUCUGCGUCGUCUUUGUAG